AUGACGCUGACUCAGGUGUCGACAUGGUUUGCGAACGCGCGCCGCCGCCUCAAGAAGGAGAACAAGAUGACGUGGGAGCCACGGAACAGGGUCGACGAUGAUGACAAUAAUAACGAUGAUGAUGAUCACAAGAGCACUGAUGGAAAAGAUGGACUAGAUGGCAAAGAUUCAGGAACUGGAUCCAGUGAAGAUGGCGAUAGGCCCCAACAGAGAUUAGACAUGCUUGGUCAAAGAACCGAGUCUGAGUGGUCUGAAUCCCGCGCCGAUAGCGGCCCUGAAUCACCUGAGCCAUAUGAAAGACCAAUUCAUCCUGCCUACCAACACUUGCCUUCCCGUGCACACCUGGCAGCACACCUGCUUCUGCUAAGCCCAGAAUAUGGUCUCUAG